AGGAAGUAUAUGUGUUCAACUUCCUGGAAAUUUCGUAAGGGCAGUAGGAUGGAUGCAGGAGAGGCUCAUGUCCAGCGGCCUGUCACUUUGGGCAUCACUGUGGAAGAUGUCAACAAGGAAACUCCAGCUCCAGAACCAUCUGAAACCACCACCAGUCAGACCCCUUCCAUAGAAAGCAACCUAGACCAACGGGAUAGCAUUGAUCUGGAUGGCAGGGAGUUUGUAACUCCACAAGAGGAAAGCAGUGCCACACCCUCUGAAAGCCUGGUGGACAGACUCAAUGAUCAAAUGAUGGAGAGCGUUAUGAUUUCUGACUCACCCAACAACAGUGAAGAAGAUGAUGUGGCUCCUAUUGACUCCUAUCAGGAUGGAGGGGAGGAGGAGAAUGUAUCUUCAGGAAUCAGUGAGCAGGAAAGUGAAAUUGGACAAAAUACGACUGAAAUUACGCUUCCAGUGGACCAACAGGAAAAGGAGUGUUCUGAAGGGGAUGCAAAGGUGGAAGGGAUGGACACACAUGAAGAAAUUCUAGCAUCUGUUUUGUCUCAAGGUGAAACACUGACUCCAUCUGUAAUCAGGAGUGAAGUACCAGAACCUCAGGCAACCAAAGGGGUUAGUCCAAAAGAUGAGCCUGUGCCGGUGUGUACUAUAUUCAGCCAGGGCACCCAGCCAAAGACCCUAGCUCCUGAUGGUUUCCAGCCCACCCUAAUCAAGUCCCCCAGCUUUACUAUGGGAAGCAGUGGUGGCAGUGAUGAAGCAAUGACUCCAAGUAAAAUGACCACCCCACUCAUGUGCCAGCCCAGUCCAAGCCUCAGUAAGUUUUUCACUGACAAUGGCCAGGCCAAUCCAGCCUCUGACUUUUUUGAUUCUUUUACUGUUUCAUCCUCUUUCAUAUCAGUUUCAAACCCCAAUGCAGAGGUUCAUCCUGAAGCCACCCCUGCACAUAUAGGUUUUACAUCUGAGCGCCAGCUUUCUUCCACUUCCUCUUCCAGCACCACCCCAGGAGGACUUUUGGACUCUGGUGCUCCUACUCCCAUUUCAGUUUUUGCACCUGCUCCUACUGAAUCAAUCACUAAGCCCCAAUCUCCUCCACCACAGACUGUCCCAUCUCCAACUCUAGGCCCUGUGUCUAAUUCAGUCUCACAAGCACAGCCCUUCAACAAGCUCCAGUCUGUGUUUUCAGGCAGUGAUGACCCUUUUGCAACAGCAUUGAGCUUAAGUGAAGUGGACAGACGUCAUGAUGCCUGGCUGCCAUGUGAGGAGACAAGGAAGGUCUUAAUCUCUGUUGCUACCCAGCAGUACAGGCCAGCAUAUGUAGAGACUUGCAGACUCACCAUGCCUGGACUGAAGUUUGACAACCUUCAGGGGGAUGCUGUGAAAGACCUGAUGAUUCGUUUCCUGGGAGAGCAGGCAGCCAUGAAGCGGCAAGUUCUCACCGCCAACUCAGUGGAGCAAUCCUUCAUGGGCCUAAAACAGCUCAUUAGCACCAAGAACUGGCGGGCUGCCGUGGAUCUGACGGGCCGGCUGUUGACAGCUCAUGGUCAGGGAUACGGGAAGGCUGGCCAGCCAACCUCCCACACCACCGACUCGUUGCAGCUCUGGUUUGUGCGGCUGUCUCUUCUCACCAAGUUAAACCUAUUUCAAAAUGCUGAGCUGGAGUUUGAACCCUUUGGCAGCCUAGAUCAACCAGAUCUUUACUAUGAGUACUACCCAAAUGUUUACCCAGGAAGGAGAGGCUCGAUGGUACCAUUCUCCAUGCGGCUGCUGCAUGCUGAACUUCCUCAAUACCUGGCCAAGCCUCAGGAGGCUCUGGACCACCUGCACAACCUCAAAACCAUCUCUCUUGCUAUUCUGGAAAAUUUGGAGAAUGGCUUGGCAGAGGAUGGCAGCAUGAUCACUCUUACACAGGAGAAUAGGCAAGCGUCUCUAAAGCUGUGGAGGUCUCGUCUCAGUCGGGUCAUGUUCUCCGUGGCCAACUGCUUGCUGCUGAUGAAGGACUAUGUUCUGGCUGUGGAGACUUACCACUCUAUCAUCCAGUAUGAGCCCCAGCAGAGAGUGCAGCUGCUCAGUGGUAUCGGACGCAUCUUCUUGCAGAUCGGAGACUUGAAAACAGCAGAGAAAUACUUCCAAGAUGUGGAGAAAGACUGUCAGAUGGAAGGAAGUGACUUCAGUCACGCCACAUGUGUUUUAAUGAACAGGGCGUUUGUCUACCUCAGUCAGAACAACUACGCUGACGCGCACUCAUCCUUCCUAGAAGUGUUAAAGAUUGACCCCAAAAACCCUGUUGCCAACAACAACGCAGCUGUGUGCCUCCUCUACCUGGGCCGGCUGAAGGAGUCGCUGGGCCAGCUGGAGGGCCUGGUGCAGCAGGACCCCGCCCUCUACCUGCACGAAAGCGUCCUGUUCAAUCUGACCACCAUGUAUGAGCUGGAGUCGUCUCGCAGCACGCAGAAGAAGCAGGCGCUGCUGGACGCUGUGGCCUGCCGAGAAGGCGACAGCUUCAACACACAGUGCCUCAAACUGGUAUGAGGGGACAACUGGAGAAAGAAGUGCAUCGUACUGCUCUCCUGACAGACUCCUGUCUCCAGGGAGACGUUUCCCAGUUUAGAUGAUUGUGAUCUAUGUUCAGUGUACUGGAGAGAUUGGGAAUUCAAGCACAGUACACAUUUCUCCUCUUGUAAACUGGAUCGUGGUUCAGUCUUCACCCAUUUACAGGAUCAAAAACUGCUCCAACAGACAUCCCGUAUGUGCAAAGAUUGAUGUAAAUUUAAUUUUAAGAGAAUAGUUUGUGGCAGAAUGUGCUUUUUUUUUUGCUCUUCUGCUUGUGCUGAAUAUGAAGCUACACCAGUGCAGAGUAGAUGCAGAAGAAAAAGUCAACUUGGCUGACUCUGACUGAAACUAAAACGGACUCGGCAAUUAAAACAUGACCCCCACUUUUUAUGGAAACAGCAGUUUUCCAGGAUUAUGAACACAGUUAUGUCUUGACCUCAAGUUGCUGCCAAGCAACAAGUGAAAUGGGAGACAGGGUUAGGAUCAUGUGCUGGACAGAGGUUACUGUUAAUCUGACGGCUUGUUUUCUGAGAUCAAGAUGGCUGCAUGUUUGUGUCUUUAUACCAGUUUCUCUUCAACACAAGUCUACCAACAGAUUAAAUAUAUAAAUAAAAUAAAGCUUGGCUCAGUUUUAAGUUAUUUUCAUGUCUUUUUCUAGCUGUAGUUUUUCCAAAGGCGCCUGUUGAGUGCUCCUAAGAGUUU